AUGAAUCUGAGGGAACGAGAUGCAAAUGCUGAUGUGGUCGUUAAAUUUACGGAUAAGAUCAUACUAACAAAUAAUAAGAUUCCAGAGUUUGGUUGUGAAGGAGACGUAGCUAGAGAAGCCACUCGUACCAAAGAAUUUUCCUUCAAUUACAUUUUUUGGUCUGUGGAUCAGGAUGAUCCAAAUUAUUGUUCGCAGGAAAAGGUUUUUCAGGAAUUUGGAACAGACAUUGUGUCGUCUGCUUAUGAUGGUUACAAUGCAUGCGCAUUCGCUUAUGGUCAACCUGGCUCAGGUAAAACCUACACAAUGAUCGGAACGCAGGAAAAUAGAGGUCUAAUUCCGAGGAUAUGUGAUGAUAUUUUUCUGAAGAUGAAUGACCAGUCUGCAACAUAUAGAACAGAAAUAAGUUUUAUGGAGAUAUAUAAUGAGAGAGUUAGAGAUCUACUAGAAACCCCCGAUAGAGCUCGAGAGGGUUUACGUGUAAGAGAGCACCCUAAAUGUACAGCACCAACCAAUAUGAAUGACGUCAGCAGCAGGUCACAUGCCAUAUUUACUCUCAUAUUUACUCAGGCUAGAAUAUUUAAUGGAAUGCCUUAUGAAACCCAAAGUAGAAUUCAUUUGGUGGAUCUGGCUGGAAGCGAGAGUGCAGAUGCUUCAGGGGCUACUGGACAAAGACUGAAAGAAGGUGGUAAUAUAAACAGAUCACUAGUCACUCUUGGGACAGUUAUAACACUACUAGCUAAAUCUUCCGACACAGACAUAGAGAAAAAAGUUUUUAUUCCAUACAGAAAUUCUAAAUUAACAUGGUUGCUUAAGGAUAGUCUUGGUGGUAACUCUAGAACUUUUAUGAUAGCAACAAUAUCACCAGCAGAUAUCAACUAUAAUGAAACAUUAAGGACUUUGAGAUAUGCUGUAGGAGCAAAGAACAUCGUGAACAAACCAACAAAAAAUGAGGACCCUAGUGUUCGAUUGAUAAGAGAGAUGAAAGAGGAAAUAUCACGCCUGAAAGCAAUGCUUGGUGGAGAACUGGACAAGUCUGCUGAACCAAGAGUGAAAGAAAUGUUACAAGAAAGUGAAGUCAGAGUGAAGGUGUUAACUGAAGAAUGGACAGAAAAAUGGCAUGAAACCGAUAUAGCUGAUCAUGCAAUGGCUGUUCGCAAGGAAGGAAAGGGAAUCAUGUUAGAUUCAGCACAUCCCCACCUUAUUGGAAUUGAUGAUGAUAUAUUUAGCACAGGGAUAACAAUGUAUAAUCUUAAGGUUGGCAUAACUACAAUAGGUAGAAAUGACGCGCCAAUAGAGCAAGAUAUCAAAAUAGCUGGGCUUGACAUAGAAAAGGAACACUGUGCAAUUGCAAAUGAUAAUAAUGUAGUUCAGCUCAUUCCAAAGAAUGCCGCUAUGUGCACAUUGAAUGGUUGUUUGAUAAUGGAACCAACCAAACUAACGCAAGGUGCAGUUAUACUUUUAGGUAAAACUAACAUGUUUCGUUUUAACAAUCCAGCAGAAGCAAUAAAAAUGAAGGAAGAAUUAAAGGACCAUGGAAUAUCGGUAUCUAGGGAACCUUCCAUUGGCUAUGGAAGAUCUAUCAGUGACAUGUACAGAUCGACAGAUAGCCUGACAUCAGCAAACUGGGAAACAUCAGAUGACUACGGAGAUGACAUAGACAAGUUAAAUGAACAAAGGAAAUACAUUGAGCUGAUGGAACAACGCUAUGAUAAAGCUCAAACAGAAAGAGAAUCAUCUAUAUCCAAUUUGGAUCAAGAAGUUCAUAACAUUUUAGUGACUUUGGGUGAUAUAAAAGAUCGAAUACACCAGGACAAUAUGCAAAAUACAAAAUAUGGAAAAGGUAUGAAAAAAUUAACUGAUGACCACAUGAAGGCAAAAGAUGCAAUUUUACAGGAAAUAACAAAACUGAAGUCAGACCUUGAGUUUACCAUGAAGUCCUUGGAUGAUGAGAUACUAAUUCUAGAACAGAAGGAAAAUGAUCUUGUCAUUUCACAAAUAACUCUUCAAACAAAUGUUCAUUCUAAAAUGGACUAUCUAUUGAAGAGCAAAGGAAAGAACAUGAAAGAUUUAGAAGAAUCAGAUAAGGAUUUACAAAAACUAGAACAAUGUUUCAAAGAAGAAAAGGCAAAAAUUGCCUCUAAUUCUGAUGUUAAUGAACGAAUACUAAGAGAACUAGAGCAACAGGAACAAAAAAUACAAACGGAUGUCGAUAUAGAAUUAAAAUUACUACGGGAUAAACGUACUAGGGCGGAAUCUACUAAGGCGUCUGAAAUGAGAAAAAUAGAUGAGGCAUGGCAAGAUAUCCGUGAACAUGAGCAACAAAUUAGUGAACAGAAAAUGCGUGGCUUGAACCAAACAGAAAAGUCUAAACUUUUGCAAAAGCAAACACAUAUUAAUGAAGCAAAAGAACUUUUAAUACAAGAACAGGAAGCUAUUUCUAAGGACCAUACAGAAGUCAUGAAACAGAUAGAAAAAGAGGAAAAGAAAAUUGAUCUGAAAAGACAUAAAUUAAUAGAGGAAUUUCAACUGAAAAAGCAGAAUGUUUUAUCUACAAUUAGUCCUAAGCUUACCAAAAUCAAUAACAAAAUAUAUAUAAAAAAGAAAGAUCUCGAUGAUCUGGACAGUACCAUUCAAAAUUGGGAAAAAGAACUAGAAAAUCUAGAAGGGAUGCUAAGCAUGUCAACCGACAGCUGCACUAAACAGCAACAUGGGAUUGCAGAAGAGACACUUAAUAAGAAGGAAAAGCGUGAUCUGAAGGAACAAGAACUAAAAUCAAAGUUAUCAGAUCUAGAGUCUAGACUUGAUGUGCUAAAUAAAGAAUUCAACGAGUCAUCAGAAAAACUUAAAUGUGAUCUUAAUUUUCCAUCCCACCAAGGGUACAGUGAUAAAACUUCAAGUCACCUGAAGCAAGAGGAGAUUACAAAAUUUCAAGAGCUAUAUGAUAAAAAACAUUCAAAUUUAUUAAUUCUCAAACAACAAGCUGAGGAACAACAAGAUAGAGAAUUCGAAUCGUUGGAACUUGAAAUCAUGAAACUAGAAGAAAUACAAAAUCAGGCCAGAAUAGAUCAAGAGGUGAAACGUCGACUACGGGAUGUUCGACAAAAUAAGGCUACCAAGAGACGGAAUUAUGAAAGUUUUGCAAGUUUAGAAACAGAUUACAAUAUUGAUGGUACUUCCCUAGCAAGUAGCACAUUAACAAACGUUUCUGGUAUAGGAGUGAAUGUUUCUUCUUUCAGCCUACGAAAUCGUGGUUCCGACAGCUUUUAUGAGUUUGAAGUACAGCUUGUAAUUGGGAAAGAUAAUUGGACAGUUUACAGGCGUUAUAGUAAGUUUCGAGAAAUGCACAAGGAACUGAGACAAAGAAUUCCUAAGGCAACAAAAGGGGAAAACUCUUGA